GCCCGUGGCUGCCCGGGCAGGGAUGGCCGAGGGGGGCUCUGGCAGCUCCGGCUCCCCGGGCAGCCUCCGUCCCGGGGGGCUCCCGGGGGCCCGGGGGGUGCUGGGCAGGCGCCCCCCUGCCCCCCCCCUCAGCCCGGGCCGCCUGCCCUCCAUCCGCUCCCGGGACCUCACCCUGGGGGGCGUCAAAAAGAAAACGUUCACCCCCAACAUCAUCAGCAGGAAGAUCAAGGAGGAGCCCCGCGAGGACGUGGCAGUCAAGAAGGAGAAGAAGGAGCGGGAGCGGCAGCGGGAUGGGCACGGCCGGGGCCGGAACCGGCCCGAGGUCAUCCAGUCCCACUCCAUCUUCGAGCAAGGCCCCGCUGAAAUGAUGAAGAAGAAAGCAGGCUCCUGGGACAGGACCGUGGACGUGUCCGACUUCGGCCCUUCCCACAUCAUCAACAUCAAGAAGGAGAAGAGGGAGACGGACGAGGAGACCAAGCAGAUCCUGAGGAUGCUGCAGAAGGACGAUUUCCUGGAUGACCCGGGGCUGAAGAACGACAUCCGGAACAAGCCGGUGCAGCUGCCCCUGGCCCACUCGGGGUGGCUCUUCAAGGAGGAGGUGGCAGAGCAGGAGGACACGCAGCCAUGGCUCCCUGCAUCCAAGGAGGAGAAGAUGGAGCUGGACCCGCCAGCGGUGAAAGUGAAGGAAGAGCCGUGUGAGGAGGAUCCCAGGCCGGCCCAGCCCAAGGGCCCCCCCGGCUUCCCGCGGGACGUGUCGGCGGCAGAGCUGCUGCAGCGGCUGAGCCUGGCUCAGGAGGAGGAGCUGGUGUUCCUGCAGCUCCCCGACACCCUGCCCGGGCAGCCCCCCAGCCACGACUCCAAACCCAGCAAAGCCGAGCUGCACAGCGAGGACGGGCAGGUGCUGCUGGUGAAGCAGGAGAAGAGCCAGGAGGCGAAGCAGGCAGAGAACACCUGCACCCUGGCCGACCUCCCCGAGGGCCAGGUGGGGAAGCUGCUCAUCCGAAAGUCAGGAAAAGUGCAGCUGGUGCUGGGCAAGGUCACCCUGGACGUGACCAUGGGCACCCCCUGCUCCUUCCUACAGGAGCUGGUGUCCGUCGGCAUCGGGGACAACCGCACGGGUGAGAUGAUUGUGCUGGGCCACGUGAGGCACAAGCUCGUCUGCUCCCCGGAUUUCGAGGCUCUCCUGGAGCACCGGCACCGGUAGCCGAGGGGGUCCCGGCCCCCCACCCCGGGAUGGACCCUCAGCCCCUCCAGAUGUGCCUUUGGGGCGUGGGGAGGGGGCUCGGGCAGUGAUGCCAGUGCUGAGGGAUCCCGAGGGAUCCAGAGCCAGCCCCCAGCUCCUUCCAGCCCCGCAGGUGUCCGGCCGUGUCCCCCACACCGGCGGCUUCCCCCCAGUGCCAAACGGGGAUCUCGGGGUGCGUGGGGCCGUGCUGUGUCCCCCAGCUCUGUGGAAACGCUGGUGGGAGCAGGACACACGUCCUGGGGGAAAAACCUGGAAUAAAACCUCUUUUCCCCCUG